CCCGGAUGGCCGCGGAGGGCGCGCGCAGCUCAGGCCCGCCGCACGGCGCGCUGCUGCGUGGCGCGGGCCUCGCGCCGGCGCGGCUGGUUGCGGCAUGCGCCGAGGAGGCGAGGCCAGGGUUCGCCUCCGAGCGCGCGGACGAGUUCCUGGACACGCCCGCGUCGUUGGCCGCGAAGGUGGAGGUGCUGGCGCGCCUGAUGAGGCAGAGCCGCCACUGCGUCGCGUACACAGGCGCAGGCCUCAGCACUGCGGCGGGCAUCGGGGACUACGCGAGCAGGGCGGCGGGCAGCCUCGGCGCCCCCGCGGACCCGCGGCCCGAGAGGGACUGGCCCGCGCUGCAGCCGACGGCCGGGCACCGCGCGCUGGAAGCUAUGCGGGCGGCGGGGCUGCUGCACGGCUGGGUGCAGCAGAACCACGACGGGCUGCCGCAGCGCGCCGGCGUCCCGCAGGCCUUCGUGAACGAGAUUCACGGCUCGUGGUUCGACCCCGCGAACCCCACGGUGGGCUUCGGGGAGCCGCUGCGGGAGGACCUCUUCGCCGCCCUGCUGGCCGAGGAGCUGAAGUGCGACCUGUGCUUGGCCCUCGGCACCUCCCUGUGCGACACGCCGUCGACCGCUGACCGCAUCGCGGUGACCCCGGCGCUGCGCUCACACUGGGAGACGCCUGCGGAGCAGAUCGGCGAGAAGGCCCUCGGCCUCGCCGUGGUGUCCCUGCAGCGCACGCGGCUGGACCCGCUGGCCGCGGUGCGCGUGUACGCGCCCCUGGACGAGGUCCUCGAGGCGCUCGCGACCGCCCUCGGGCUCGCGCUGCCCGACGCCGACGCCGUCGACACCGCGCCCGACGUCGCCGCCUUCGACGCCGCGCCCGGCGCCGCCGCCGACGCCGCGACGCGACUGCGCCCCGGCGACGAGGCGGUGGUGGCGGCAGGCCCCGACCGCGGGAACGUGCUGCGGGCGGUGCGCCGCACGCAGCUGGGCGACCUCGAGUUGAGUCUGGCGGGCGCGCCGGGGUCACCGCCGCGCCGUGCGCUGCUCGGCAGCUGGUGGCUCGGCCGUGGAUCGGGCCCCCCUCCGGCGCUGCUGCCCCCGGGAGCGGAGGUCCCGCCGCAGCGCACGCUCGCCUCCCUGCUGCCCCUGCUGCCGCCCUGGGCGGCGGCGGCCCUCGGGCUGCCUUGCGCGGCGGGCUCGGCAAGGCGUUCCCCCGUCGAGCUGGGCCCGGACGCGGGGCUCGCGGUGGAGGGCCUGUGGGAGGGAUCGUCCGCCAGCGCGGACGGCUGCGUCCACCGCCCCGCCCAGCCCCUGCGGCUCGUGCUGGCCUCCUGCGCCGUCGGCGGGGGCCGCGUCUUCGGCGCCGGCUAUUCCGCCUGGCCCGCGGGCGGUGCCGCGGGAGCCCCGGGCCGCGCCUUUUUCGUCCUGCAGGGCGAGGUACGAGCGGACGGCCGCGUGAGGAUCAUGCAGCACUGGGACGUGGACCCUGAUGCGUCUACCGAGUCUGCCGCGCCGACCGAGUUCGUCGGCCAGGCCGCGGCGUGCGAGGCGGGCCUCGCGAUCGCCGGCGCUUGGCGGCGCUCCAGCGCACCCAGCGCGCCCCAUGGGCAGGGCGCCUUCGCUUUGCACCACAGGCCCUCCCGCCUCGCUGGGCGCUGGGAGCCGGGCGCCGGGGCCAGCGGCGGAGGGCCCCUGCACGGCCGGUGUGCGCUGUCGUGCGAGCCCCCGCUGCUGUUCGGGGCGGCGGAGCGGCGGGGCGGGCCAGGCCAGCCCCUGCUGGUCCGCGGGGCGUUCCUGGGCGGCGCCGCGGAGUUCGUCCCAGGGAGACCUCGGGGGCAGACCGGCGCCCAUGAGGUGUGGGUGCACACGUCGCUGCCCCCGCGCGGCGGGUCGCUUCCCCGCAGGCCCGCGCACGGCGCGGCGGCGGCGGCGCCUUCGCGGCCGCCGCCCCCGGCAGUGCUCCGCGGGGAGCUCGACGCGCGGGGCCCGCGCGGCCCGCUGCUGCGGCUGGGAGGUUCCGCAGAGCUGCGCAUGCCCCCCCACCCUGCGGCCCCCGCGCUGCCACUAACGGCUGCCGACGGCGCUGCGGAGGAGCUUGACCGGGCGCUGCGCAGGUAUCGCGCACUCGCCCCGCGCUGAGGGCGCGGUGGCGGCCCGCGGCACCCCGAAUAAGAGCGGAGUGCAG